CUGAUAAACAGGUGUCGAAUGCCAAAGCAAGUUUGAUGAUGGAGAGUGGACUAACGGAUGACAAUUUAAACCAUCAGACCAGAGGGAGACAGAAGAAAAAACUGUCUCGGGAUGAACGCACAGAAAAAUCCGAUAAACCCACUGAAGCAGCGCCCACUGUGUCUAUAGCUUUGGCUAAAGCCAAGGCAGAGACUGACACCUGGAAGGUGAAAUGUCAGUAUCUGCAGGAGAAAAUAGAAGAUUUAACAAAAGAUCGAGAUUUCCUUAGACAACAGCUGUCAGAAGCCAUCAAAAUGGACAACAACAUUCCUGACAGAAUUAAAGAUAAGCCUGCAGACAUCCCCAAAAGAAUGAAAAUCGAUUCAGAAAGUGACUCCACUGACUCUGACUCUUCUGAGUCUUCUGACUCAGAGUCAUCUAGCUCAGACUAUUCGAGGGCGAAGAAGAAAAGAAAGAAGAAGGGAAAGAAAGCAAAGGAAAGAUUUACCAUUAAACACAUGAAUGGAAUGUGUUCUUAA